CAAAGAUACUCAAUUGUACGCAGCAAAAACCAUCAUGACUUGGUGGAUAAAAGUCGCCAAAAAUUCGCCACAACAAUCGGGUCCCGGUCGUUCCCUCUUUUUCCUCUCUCAAGCGCAAGCGGAUUACUUCUUCAGCAAUUUUCAUCUCAACUUCUUUCGGGUUUCCAUCUGCGUCAUACCCCUGCAAGUCACUGUGCAACAACACACAAUACAAAGUAUCCAUGUACCUUUCCUCAGUAGCCAGGUCGCUCUCCAGGGGCACGCGACCAUCACAAUUCGCAGUGUCCACAUUUCUAUCAGCCUUCUCACUCGCCCCCAACCACCACCACCACCCACAACAACAACAGACCAGAUGGAGCUCCCACUCGCCCAUGGGUACGCCUCCAGCCAACCCCCGGAAAAAGGUCACCCUGCCCAUGCUGAAGGAGAUGCACAAGAAGGGCGACCCCAUCACCAUGAUUACGGCCCAUGACUUCCCCAGCGCCCACGUCGCCGACGCUGCCGGCAUGGACAUUAUCCUGGUCGGCGACAGCCUGGCCAUGGUCGCCCUGGGCAUGGAGGACACGAGCGAAGUGUUGGUGGAGGAGAUGCUGCUGCACUGCCGGUCCGUCGCGCGCGCCACCAAGGCUGCCUUCACUGUUGGCGACAUGCCCAUGGGCUCGUAUGAGAUCGGGCCUGCACAAGCACUUGAGACGGCAAUCCGCUUUGUCAAGGAAGGCCGCGUGCAGGGCGUGAAGUUGGAGGGCGGCAAGGAGGUAGUCCCCACGAUUGAGAAGAUCACCUCGGUCGGGAUCCCUGUCCUCGGCCACGUGGGCUUGACUCCGCAGCGUCAGAAUGCCCUGGGCGGAUUUCGCGUGCAAGGUAAAACAGCUGCCGGAGCAAUGAAGGUGCUCGAGGACGCUCUGGCGGUCCAGGAGGCCGGGUGCUUUGCCGUCGUCAUCGAGGCCGUGCCCCCCGAGGUCGCGGCCCUCAUCACGCAGAAGCUGUCAAUUCCGACCAUUGGGAUAGGCGCCGGCAAUGGAUGUUCGGGUCAGGUGCUGGUCCAGGUCGACAUGACGGGCAACUUCCCUCCUGGGCGGCGCAUUCCCAAAUUCGCCAAGCAGUACGGCAACGUCUGGGCUGAGAGUUUCCGGGCGAUCGAGACGUACCGGGAGGAAGUUAAGAGCCGGCAGUAUCCUGCCCCUGAGCACACGUACUCAAUGAAGGAGGAGGAGCUGAACCGGUUCGUCGAGGCCGUCAACGGGGUCUGAAGCAUCAGCGAAGAGUUGCAUUUUGGGGCGUAUAUCUGGGUUAAGGGUUGUGAUGGUGUAUAGCAAGUCGGCGUCGGCGCAUAACUUUGAUUGCAUAGUAGCGGAUACCAUCCUUGUCGAUAGCGAGCAGCUAUGGCAGGGAGAUGUCCUUGAACAGUUGGCGUCUCUGCAGAGCUUCACCUCAAUUAAUGUAGCGAGCUCCUACCCAAACGCUGGCGUUAUUGAAUAUGAGACGUUGAG